AUGGUGUCUCUUUCUGGACUCUGGACCUACUGCCGCCCCGGGAGAACUCAUCUCCUUUUCCUCUCUGCCAGAACGCUCCUGCUGCUUCUCUUGUUAACCGUCUUCUCCUCCCCCGAAUCUUGCUUCCCUCACCCGCAGCCUUGCCACAUACCCCUCGACCGGAUAGGACACACCGUGCGCCUCGGUGCUUUGCCGACCCGCCAGCCGGCACGGAUACAAAACGCGCUCAACCGCGCCCUGGCCAGCCUCCGGCAUCAAAGCGGUGGGGCCGACUCCUCCACGACAACCUCUCAGCCACCUUCUCUGCUGCCCUACAACCUGAGCUUGGAAAUGGUGCUCGAUCGCCCGCGGGAGGGGGACCCUGAGUCAUUGUCCCGUAGUGCCUGCCAGGACCUGGUAGUCAGGGGUGUGUCAGCCGUGCUCGCCUUUCCCCGCUCCAGGGAGGAACUGAUCCAGGUGGAGUUUAUCUCCUCUUUCCUGGAGAUUCCCUUCAUCUCUAUCCUGGAGGACACAGAACCCCUUGUGACUAAGAACCAAUUUCACCUGCAGAUGUCAGCCCGUGUGCCUCCAUCAACCCUGGGAAGCUUGCUCCUCGCAGUCUUGCAGGGGGGAGAUGGAGACAGGGAGAGAGGAAGCAAGGGGGACAGCUGGGGAGGAGCAGCUGUGAUUUGCCCAGGCUGGGAUGAAGGCGGUGACGGCUUACUGACCCACCUUCAGAAGUACAGUGGCUCAACCUGGCAUUUGUGGGACAUAAUCAACCUGACUCGCAUCACAGGGAGUAGAGAUAGAAGAGGGGGGAGCAGUGAGGAAAGAAGGGAGGAUCAGAUGGAAGAAGAGGCUUUGAAGAUCAUCUCCACCCGUUUCCUGCGCUCCCCCUCACCCAUUUCCUCUGUUCUCCUCCUGGGAUCCGACCCCGAGUGUCUGUCCUCUGUCCUACGGGCUGCUCAGCGCCUUGCUCCAUCACUACCAGCACUGCAGUGGAUCAUGGGAUAUCCCUUGUCUCCAGAUUCACUACACACUUUAGGAGGUCCCCUUGGACUCUUAGCCUAUGGGGAGGUCGGCCGCAAGCCAAUAAGCUUCUAUAUACGGGAUGCUUUGCAGCUGAUUGGCCGGGCAGUCACUGCAGCAACCAUGGUGAGGCCAGACUUGGCACUGAUUCAGAACAUGGUAAAUUGCUAUGACAAACCAAACAGACAUGAACAGCCUUCUUCUGGACAAUAUCUUGCCAGGUUUCUCUCCAACACUUCCUUCACUGGGGCCACAGGCCUGAUCCAGGUCGAUGCUGGAGUUUCUCGGAUCCUCUCCUCCCAACUGUUUCAUGUAUGGAGUCUGAAGAGAGGUGCUCUGGGGCAGCCCGCGUGGGUUACUGUAGGCCAGUGGACCCGAGGUCGACUGGAGUUAGAGGGUGGCAUCCUGGGACUGGUGGGAGGGUUCAUGACCAGCCAGGGACAAGGUCUUGGAGCUGGGGUGAGGGGAGGGGAUGGCCAGGGUGACAGUAACGCUGGAGGUCGCUGGAGGCCGGGACUUUCGGUCGAAGGACACCGCCUCAGGGUUGUGACCCUGGUGGAACACCCAUUUGUCUUCACGCGGGAGGUGGACGAGGAUGGAAUGUGUCCAGCUGGACAACUCUGUCUGGACCCCAAAACUAACCAGUCUGCUGUAAUCCACAACCUCUUUAACCAGCUUCACAACUCAAACACUACAACACUGGACCUGGAUGGCAUCGAACUACCAGAGGACCUGAGAAAGUGCUGCUAUGGGUACUGCAUUGACUUGUUGGAGAAGCUGGCAGAAGACAUGGGCUUCACCUUUGACCUGUACAUUGUGGGAGACGGGAAGUAUGGGGCGCUGAGUGGGACAGGACGCUGGACCGGACUGGUAGGGGACCUGCUGAGCGGAACCGCUGACAUGGCCGUCACCUCUUUCUCUAUUAACUCUGCCAGGAGCAGGGUCAUAGAUUUCACCUCACCCUUCUACUCCACCAGCCUGGGCAUUCUGGUCCGUAGCCGGGACACUGCAGCUCCCAUUGGAGCCUUCAUGUGGCCCCUCCACUGGUCCAUGUGGGUGGGUAUUUUUGUCACGCUGCAUCUCACAGCUCUCUUCCUCACCUUGUAUGAGUGGAACAGCCCCUUUGGCAUGACACCCCAUGGCAGGAACAGACUGCGUGUGUUCUCCUACUCCUCUGCUCUCAAUCUCUGCUACGCCAUACUGUUUGGACGCACUGUCGCCACCAAGACUCCUAAAUGCUGGACAGGGCGCUUCUUGAUGAACCUUUGGGCUAUCUUCUGUUUACUGGUGCUGUCCAGCUACACCGCCAACCUUGCUGCAGUCAUGGUGGGGGAGAAGACAUUUGAGCAGGUUUCAGGAAUUCAUGAUGACAAGUUGCACCAUCCAUCUCUGGGCUUCCGUUUCGGGACAGUGAGGGAGAGCAGUGCUGAGGAUUACAUGAAGAAGAGUUUCCCAGAGAUGCACGACUACAUGAGACGCUUCAACCAACCCACGACCCCAGAAGGUGUACACAUGUUAAAGACAGAUCCUCCUGCCCUGGAUGCAUUCAUCAUGGAUAAAGCCCUCUUGGACUAUGAGGUGUCUAUCGAUGCAGACUGCAAACUACUUACUGUGGGGAAGCCAUUUGCUAUUGAAGGCUAUGGUAUAGGCCUUCCCCAGGGCUCUCCUCUAACCCGUAACGUGUCAGAGUUCGUGAGUCGCUACAAGUCUGACGGUUUCAUGGACAUGCUACAUGACAAAUGGUAUAAGGUUGUACCCUGCGGAAAGAGAGUCUUUGCAGUCACUGAGACUCUACAGAUGGGGAUCCAGCAUUUUUCAGGCCUGUUUGUGCUGCUCUGCAUGGGGGUAGGUGGAGCCUUGCUGACCUUGGCAGGUGAGCACACCUUCUAUCACCUGGUCAUUCCUCGCCUCCGACGUACCCACACACUUCAGUACUGGUUGCACACCAGCCAGAAAAUUCACAGAGCCCUGCACACCACAUAUGAGGACGUUGGGAAGGAGAUGACCGGCCUCGAUCAAAACCCCUCCUCUUGUAUCUCAGAGAACUGCACCCUACACAGGAAACAGCAUCAGCCUCCUCCACCAUCCCCUCCCACAUCCCUCCCUGCUUCCACAACAGCUGGGGACACGGGCAGUUCCUCACCAUCCCAUGAACCCAAGGAGAAGCGUGUGCACUUUGACCUGGAAACACUUCAUAGCUACCGCCUGCGUACACACACUGCCUCAGUGCGGGGCAGGCCUGGGAUGGUUGGCCGUCCUGGACUUGGCCUCGGAGGGUUGGGGCUUGGCAACCUGGGGGGUUUCACCGUUCCUCCACAGAUUAGCCUCCAUGCCAAUGGGGGCCCUGUCUCAACUCUGGCUUCGACAGGCUUGGUGCUCUCUCCCAUGGGGAACAGAGCUGCUCAGGCCAGCCUAUGGGAAGGGGAGCUCCAGGAGCUGCAGGCAAAGAUUGAGAUAUUCCGCACCCAGCUGAGAGAGGCUCUGGCUAGGAGAGCUGAGAUCCAGAACAGCCUGGAAAGAGAGAGGAGUGGACUGGUACAUAGGGAUACUAGUCUUGAUAGGGACAGGGACAGACAGAAGAUACAAACUAUUAAUACAGACAGAAGUAGCUCCACUCAGCCCAGACUCCCUGAGAGAGACAGGACCAGCCAGCUGCAAACACUGAAUAAUCAGCAGAUUGGGCGGGCUAACCAGCCAGGUUUGCCUGGGACUGUGGAGCAUGGGAGGAGCAGCCAAUUAAAUACAGUAAAUAGUUUGGACAGGGGCAGAGCCAACGAGGUGCGCCCUGUUAAUACUUUGACAGGAGAAAGGACUGUCCAGUCACGCACUUCCACUAGUUUGGAGCGAAGUCGAGUCAACCAACAAGGUGCUGGAAAUGUAACUAUCCAAACACGGAAUACUUCUAGCCUGGACAGACACAAGGCUAACCUAUCACGCACUCUGAACACUUUGGAGAGGACAAAAGCUAACCAGUCAACUGUAAGCAGUGAGACUUGAUUAACUCCUGACGUUUAGGACUGCAACAGGAUUAAUGAGGUGUUGCUUGCAUAGC